AUGCGACCACGAGUAUCAGAACAAAUAAUGGGUGACCUUCCAUCUCAAAGAGUCAAAAUUACGAAACCAAUUAGCACGGCAGACCUAGACUUUUGCGGACCAAUAUACAUCCGCGAAGGAAAACGUAAAAACAGCAAACAUAUUAAGACAUACGUUGCAGUCUUUGUUUGUAUGGCCACGAAAGCAGCACAUUUGGAAGUCGUUUCCGACUUAAUCACAGAAGCUUUCCUCAACGCAUUUAAACGAUUCAUCGGUCGCAGAGGAAAGCCGAGCGACAUCUUGUCGGACAAUGUCACGAACUUUGUUGGAGCCAAUCGUGAAUUGGAGAAUCUCAGGAAGCUAUUCAAUCAAGAAGAGCAUCAACGCAAAAUUAUUGACACGACUUCUAGUAAAGGAAUAAAAUGGCACUUUAUUCCUCCCCGUGCUCCACAUUUCGGCGGCUUGUGGAAGGCUGCCGUCAAAUUAUUCAAAAAUUAUUUCUACAAAGUAGCAUCGGAAGCAGCAUUGACCUUCGAGAAAGCCUCCACACUCACUACUCAAACAGAAGCGAUUCUUAAUUCGAGACCGCUAAGCGCUCUCUCAUCAGAUUCUAAUGAUUUAAAUUAUCUGUCCUCAGGUCACUUUUUUGUAGGAAGCUCAUUAAUCUCUUAUCCUGAACCAGACAUAACGCAAAUUAGGAUAAAUCGACUCUUGCGAUGGCAACGGCUGGAGCAGAUACGCCAACAUUUUUGGAAACAUUGGUCGCUUGAGUACUUAGUUCGUUGCAGCUACAGCAACGCACUAAGUGGCAUACCAAUCGGGGUGAGCAGUUGA